ACGAAAAGCUCCUGCAGCCUUCGUCCUUCUGCUCCUCCUCCCUUGCACUACAAGCCAAGGCCUCUUCUCUCUCCGGAACCCUCCAGCAACCGCAGAAUCGCGCGGAAGAGCAUGACCCGGUCCACCUCGGUCCCGACGCCACCGCCGGUGGAGGAGCCACGGUCGGGGGCGGCGAUCGAUGUCCUCCAUGGGGACGACCUCCGCGACAUCCUCCGCCGCCUCUCCCUCGCCGACCUCCUCCGCGCCGCCCUAGCCUGCCACCGCUGGCUCCGCGUUGCCGCGCGUUGCCUGCCCCGCGCCCCUCCGCUCCUCGGCCACUUCUUCCACCCCGUCAACAUCUCUUCCCCGAUGCCCAUCAAACCCAAGCCAGUCCACUACGACGCCGUCUUCGCCCCCGUCGGCCUCGACGCCUCCUCCCCGCGGCUCUCCCUCGACUUCGCACCGGAGGCCUCCCGCUUCGAACUCCACGACUGCUACCAAGGCCUCCUGCUUCUCGAGCCGGCCGGAUCGCUCCCCAGGAUGAUCCUACCCCGCCUCCUCGUCCUCGACCCGGCCACCCAGCGCCGCGCCCUUCUCCCGCCGCCGCCGCGCGACACGGUGCCCGACGACCACCGCUGGCGCGGCUCCAGGUGCUACGUCGGCUCCGCGCUGCUCUCCCGCGCCCACCCGAGCAAGCUCUGCUUCGAGGCCGUCUGCUUCGCCAUCGACGGCGGGCACCCGCGCGCCUGGGUCGCGUCCGUCGACAACGGCGAGUGCCGCUGGCGCGCGCUCCCGCGGGACGAGGACGUCGUGGUCGAUUUCCAUCCGUGGUGGUUCGAGAGCCGCUGCGUGCACGCCGCCGGGAAGAUGUACUGGCACAUCUGCAGCUCCGGCCGCGUGCUGGCGCUGGACCCCGCCACGCUGCGCUUCUCCUACCUGCUGGCGCCGUCCGCGCUGGGGGACGAGUUCUUCAAGUACCGCGUCGGGGAGACGCCGGAUGACGGGCGGCUGUGCAUGGCCACCGUCGAGGAGCAGGUGAUGCAGCUCUGGGUGCGCGGCGAGACCAGGUGCAGCGACAAUGGCUGGUAUCUGGAGAAGGAGAUGAAUCUUCACAAGGUGUAUGACGCGGUGCCGGGCCUGCCCAGGGACGUGGUCAGCAGGGUGAAGAGCAUCUACCUCAGCGACAUCGACGCGGGGCACACGGGGAGGCUCUUCAUCCAGAUGCUGGGAUACGGGCGCUACUCAUUCGAUCUCAACACCGGCGACCUGAGCCGCCUGCCGACGGAUGGUGUCAAGGAGUAUGGCCACCCGAUCUACGCCUACUUCCUCGCCUGGCCACCUGCGGCGUUCCUCGCUCCAGAGCAACGACUUCCCGGCCGUUGAUUCAUUGGGUGCUGAGUCCGCAAGCUUUGUUUGAAGUCAGCUCAAAUCCAUUCACCUUUGGUGAAAGUUUCAUCUUUGACUUCAUUCAGCAUUUCUGCGCAAAUGGAAGAAGAUCACGUUAUUAUGUUCUCUAAAAGAUGCCACCGCUAUCAGUAGAUGAAAUUUGCAAAGAGUAUUUAUGGCACUUUUGGCUGAUAUCCCACUUUA